AUGACCUGCGAAGGCUGCGUGAAGUCUAUCUCUAACUCUCUACACAGCCUGGAAGGAAUUAAAAAGGUUGAAGCAAACCUCAAAGAACAGCUAGUCCUCGUUGAAGGCACCGCUCCUCCUAGCUCCAUCGUAACUGCGAUCCAAAGCACCGGCCGCGAUGCCAUCCUCCGCGGCAGUGGCACUACAAACAGUUCUGCUGUCUGCAUUCUCGAAACACACUCCACGAGCGUCACAAACAAUAUCCGUGGGCUUGCGCGCAUGGUCCAGGUCUCCCCGAACAUGACCCUCGUUGACCUGACAAUCAACGGUCUGUCGCCGGGCAAGUACUGGACAACUAUUCGUCAAGCAGGAGAUAUCUCCCGGGGCGCCGAGUCGACCGGUGGUAUCUGGGAGUCUCUGAAGACCAAGGUGCUUGGCGAUGAUGCCACCGCCCCUGCCAAUGAGUGCCGAGGCAUUCUCGGUACAGUUGAUGUUGACAACAAAGGCAAGGGCAAUGUGUUCUUAGACCGGCCUGUGGCAAUCUGGGAGCUCAUUGGUCGGAGUAUGGUUGUUUCGAAGGGAACGGAGGGUCCUUUCAAGCGCGAGGAUGAAGAUACUCUUGUCGGUGUCAUUGCGCGUAGUGCGGGUGUGUGGGAUAAUGAUAAGAUGGUUUGCUCGUGCUCGGGCAAGAAUGUCUGGCAGGAGAGACAGGAGCAGGUUAUAUUGGGUAUGGCUUGA